AUGGACGGAGCGGCGGAGCCCGAGGCGAACACGCUGGUGAAGCGCGGAGCGGGGGGCGGCGGCCGCGGUGUAAGAGGCAAUUGGUCUGGGAGUCUUGUUGUAGCCUCCUUAACUGGUGCUUUUGGGUCGUCUUUUCUUUACGGCUACAAUCUGUCGGUGGUGAACGCUCCCGCGGGGUUUAUCAAGAAGUUUUACAAUGAAACUUGGGAGAGGAGAUAUGGCUUCUCAGUGGAUGAAGGCACGCUGACACUCCUCUGGUCAAUUACCGUUUCCAUUUUUGCCAUCGGUGGCCUUGUGGGUGCCAUUAUUGUAACCCCAAUUGUGAAGUUCUUUGGGAGGAAAUGCACAUUGGUGCUCAAUAAUGUGUUUGCAGUGGCAGCUGCACUGCUGAUGUCCCUGUCCUUGCUGGCUGGGUCGUUUGAAAUGCUCAUCCUGGGCCGCAUCAUCAUGGGAGUGGAUGCAGGCAUUUCAUUAAGUGCCCUCCCCAUGUAUUUGAGUGAAAUAUCUCCUAAGGAAAUUCGUGGUUCAUUGGGUCAGGUCACAGCCAUUUUCAUUUGCAUUGGUGUUUUCACUGGUCAAGUUUUGGGGCUGCCAGAAAUAUUUGGGCAAGAAUCUCGGUGGCCUUUCUUAUUUGGAGCCAUCAUUGUUCCAUCGUUGAUACAAGUUGUGAUUCUGCCUUUUCUUCCCGAAAGCCCUCGGUACCUCCUACUCGAAAAGCAUAACAGGAGCAAGGCAGAAAAAGCCUUUCAGAGAUUCCUUGGGAAAGGUGAUGUGUCUCAGGAGAUAGAGGAAGUCUUGGCAGAGUCUCGGGCUCAGAGGAACACCAAGCUGGUGUCGGUGCUUCAGCUGCUGCGCACGCGCGCGGUGCGAUGGCAGAUCCUGACCGUGGUCGUCACCAUGGGCUGCUACCAGCUCUGUGGGCUGAAUGCUAUCUGGUACUACACAAACAACAUCUUUAGUGAAUCUGGGAUCAAUCGUGAAACAAUCCCUUAUGUUACACUAAGUACUGGUGGUGUUGAGACUCUGGCUGCUGUUUUCUCUGGCUUGGUUAUUGAGCGGCUUGGGCGCAGGCCUCUCCUCAUUGGAGGUUUUGGGCUGAUGAUCGUCUUCUUCGCAGUGCUCACUGUCUCCCUGACCUUACAGAACACUGUGUAUUGGCUUCCUUACCUCAGUAUAUUUUGUAUCCUUGCAAUCAUUGCAUCAUUCUGCAUUGGACCAGGUGGGAUUCCCUUUGUCCUCACUGGAGAGCUUUUCCAGCAGUCACAGAGGCCAGCUGCAUUCAUGAUAGCUGGGACAGUCAACUGGCUCUGCAACUUCGCAGUGGGACUGCUCUUCCCCUUCAUCCAGACUGGUUUGCAGACCUACUGCUUCCUAGUGUUUGCUGGCAUCUGCUUUGCAGGAGCAGCCUACCUGUUUUUUGUCCUGCCUGAAACAAAAAAUAAGACAUUUCAUGAGAUCAGCCAAGCAUUUGCCAAAAGGAAUAAAGUAACUUUAGAAAUGCAAGAGAUGAACCACUACCCAGGGGAGAGGAAACCAAGUGAAGAGCAAGAAUCAAACUUCACAUCUCCAGUGGACAAUGGGGAAACCAUAAAAGGGAUUGUGUAAACCCAGCAUGUUCUUUCAGGGGAUGGGGGAGAGAGUGCUCUUUUUAUUUAUAGCAGUGCACAACUUGUAUAUUUUAUGAAGAUCAUGAAAUGCUUCUGCUUUGAAAAUGUUCUAAGUGAGUAUGGGUGAACUCAUUAGCAGCUGGGGUAACAGCUGAGACAAUGAGGGGUGGAGGAGAAGCAAUUGAUAAAUUAAAUGAGAUGGAGUUUCCUUGGCACCUGUGAAGCAGGUGAGUGGUGAGUGGGAUGGGGAAUGUAGACUUGGAGAUGUGAAGUGGCAGUGGGGAGCCAGGGUGUUGAGCAGUACUGGCUGAGCCCCCCUGUGUGCUCACAGGGAGGUGGGCAUGCUCUUUGCAAGAGGAGGAGGCAGAGGCAAGGGAAGAGAUCCCAGUGGGGACGGCUGAGAAGCAAACCUGGAAUGGCACCAGAAUUAAUUUCUCCAUGAUUCCCAAGAUGUCAUUCAAGCCCCCCACGAGAUCUGACAUGGCACUUCCCUGACCUCCCAUUCCUCUUCUAGCUAUUUUGACUUUCAGCUGCGUUGUUUGAACAUCUCCCACCUUCCCACAAAUGGGUAGCUCUGGGUCC